AUGACUGUUGUCACAUCCAGAAAGAUGGCCGUUAAGGCCGAUAAGCCAAUUGCUGAACAGUUCUUGGCUGCUGAUUUAGAGGAAAUGACUAAAUUACAGGAAGAAGCUAAGAAUAUCAACUUCGAACCAGUUAUUGUUUGGAGAAAUGUUGCUCUCUUCGCCGCCCUCCAUUUUGGAGCAGGAAUAGGAAUCUACCAAAUGUUCACUGUUGCCAAAUGGCAAACAUUGGCUUUCAUGUUCUUCCUUCACAUCUUCGGAGGACUCGGAAUUACUGCUGGUGCUCAUCGCUUAUGGUCUCAUCGUUCUUACAAAGCUUCGUUCCCAGUUAGAGUUCUUCUCAUGCUUAUGAACUGCUCAGCUUUACAAAAUGAUAUCAUUGAAUGGGCUAGAGAUCAUCGUUGUCAUCAUAAAUGGACUGAUACACAUGCCGAUCCUCACAACACUACUCGCGGUUUCUUCUUCGCUCACAUGGGAUGGCUCUUAGUUCGCAAGCAUCCACAAAUCAAAGAACAAGGAGCAAAAUUAGAUUUAUCUGAUCUUUUUGCUGAUCCAGUAUUGAGAUUCCAAAGAAAAUACUACAUGGCUCUUAUUCUCAUUUUCUGCUUCCUGUUACCCACCGUUAUUCCAGUGAAGUUCUGGGGUGAAAGUGUUUUAGUAGCUUUCUACACUGCUGGGUUAGCUCGUUAUUGCCUUCUUUUGCACGCCACAUGGUUCAUUAACAGCGCUGCUCAUGCCUUUGGAUACAAGCCUUAUGACAGCAAAAUCAGUCCAGUUGAAUCCCUCUGGACAACUGUAACUGCUAUUGGAGAAGGAGGACACAACUAUCACCAUACCUUCCCACAAGAUUAUCGUACAUCUGAGUACUCUUUGAAAUACAACUGGACAAAGAUCUUCAUCGAUUCCUGUGCCUACUUCGGAUUAGUUUCUGAUUUGAAAAUGACUGCUGAAGAGAAUAUUGCUAGGCAGUGUGCCUCACAUGGAGAUCCAUCCAUUCGUACCAGUAUGUAA